UUUCUUUUAAUUUAAUGUUUAUAACACUUUGUAAACUACAAAUGUAAAUAGAUUUAAAGUGAAAAUAAAAUAGUUAGAUGUAGAAUGGCAGAAGAAAAUGAAAUUUCAUCACAACAGAAAUUCGAAACCACUGGAGAGAUUACGAAAGAAAUGGAGGCUGAUAUCAGCCGCUAUUUUGAAAAUGCAUCUCGCACGAUUUUCGACGAGAUUGUUUCACCUAAGAAAGAAGAUUUCUUUGACAUGCAAAGAAGUUCAGGAAGUAGAAUUCCAGAUUUCGAAUUAUUAACAGAUCAAUCAAAUGAAUUUUUAAAAAGUAAUUCAUUGCUCGGUAAUGAACGACUCGAUCAUAGUGGCACAAGUGAUGUACACAGAGAUGCAUGGGUACCUUCUGAACAAACAAGAAAAAUUCUACGAAGUGUUGCCACAUCAACUGCUGGGACUACAUUCCUCGACAGAGAAAACUUAACUAUGCCAGGGCUUGCAGUUCAGGGAGAUAUGCCAAAUUUAAUUAAGAGUACUGUUGUACGUUUUCUAGGUGAAGAUGAAAAUAUGCAGAGACAUGUACUUACUGCUUCUGAUGUAACUCAAGAUGAACGUGGUUUAAGGAGAUUAAUACAAGCUGGUUGUUAUAAAGCAGCAAUAAAUUUAUCAGGAAGAUUAUUAGCAGUGUAUGCUCAAGGAUAUGGCAAGAUAAAUCAACCUAGUAAACAUUCUCCACAUUCCUUGCAACUAUGGUAUACACGGCUAGCUUUGUUAACUAAACUCAAGCAAAUUGAUAUUUUAGAGAAUGAGUCUAAACCAUUUGGUAAUCUCGAUAAGCCAGACAUGUAUUUUACAUUUUAUCCAGAACUUUAUGGUACUAGACCAGGUUCUAUGGCUUCCUUUUCCUUUAGAUUGCUUUUGGCUGAGAUUCCAAUGUAUUGUGGGAAACCAAAACAAGCAUUGGAUAAUCUUUACAAAGUUUUAGCAACAGUGAACCAAAUUAUAGCUAAUUUUAGUUCUGGAUUCAAUGGAGAUGGAUCACGUGUUAAAAUAAAUCCUGCAGAACAAGAGGAUGCUAUUAGAUUGUGGAAAGGCAGAAGAUCCAGAGUUUUUAUAUCUAUCACUAACUGUGCAGUUAGUAUGAAAAAUUAUGUAUUGGGUAUAGAUAUUUUAGAAAGACUUUGUGAAUCUGCAGAUUGGACACCUGAACAAAUGGAUGCAUUGAGAGCCAGCAUAGGUAGAUUGCAUUUAUUUUUAGGAGAUGUUUCAGCAGCAGACAAAUUUUUAAUCAAUUUACAUAAAAAGGACAGUGGUCCUACUGUUCAGGAGUUAACAGACAGAGGAUUAAUGGCAGUAGCUCACAAUUCUUUCCAGGAAGCAUACAAGUGUUUCCAAGCAGCAGAAACAUUAGAUCCAUCAAAUAUUACAUUAAUUAACAAUAUGGCUGUUUGUCUCUUAUAUACAGGUCAGUUGAAAGCAGCAGUACAUUUGUAUGAAAGUAUGAUAACAAGAAAUCCUGUAAAAAGUCUGCAAGAACCUAUACUAUUAAAUAUAUGUACCUCUUAUGAAUUGCAUACAACUCAUUGUAAACAACCAAAAUUACAUUUAUUGAGUCAAUUGAACAGAUAUAAAGGAGAUGCUGUAGAUAUACAGUGCCUGAAACUUCCUUUAAAUUGAAAUCAUUGCUUUCGUCCAUGUACAGUAUAUGAUAGGUCGAGGAUAAAACUUAAAAUCUGUUAUUUAAUUAUUAAAAUGGUUGAA